AUGGCACCCGGGGCUGGGUGCUGCGCCCACCUGCUGAGGACUGUGGUCUCUGCCCUGAUGCUGCUCAUGAGGCCCCCAGGCUGCUGGGGGACCCGGAUCAUUGGGGGCCUCGAGGUGACCCCUCACUCCCGGCCCUACAUGGCAUCCCUGAGGUUCGAGGGCCAGCACCACUGCGGGGGCUUUCUACUCCAAGCCCGCUGGGUGGUCUCCGCUGCCCACUGCUUCUACAACAGAGACCCCCAAACAGGCUUAGUGGUGCUGGGAGCCCACACCCUGCACGCUGGGGAGCCCACACAGCAGGUGUUCGGCAUCGCAGCUGUCAUCAUGCACCCCGACUACCAGCCCAUCACGCACACCAAUGACAUCUGUCUGCUAAAGCUCAAUGGUUCUGCCAUCCUGGGUCCCGCGGUGGGGCUGCUGAGGCUGCCACGGAAGGGCGCCAGGCCACCCAAGGUUGGGACACGCUGCCGGGUGGCUGGCUGGGGCGCCGUGUCCGACUUCGAGGAGCCACCGCCUGGGCUGAUGGAAGCCAAGGUCCAAGUGCUGGGCCUGGACGUCUGCAACAGCUCCUGGAGGGGCCAGCUGAGCCGCGCCAUGCUCUGCACCCGCAGCGGGGACCGCCGGCGACGCGGCUUCUGCUCAGCAGACUCCGGGGGACCACUGGUGUGCAGGAACCAGGCCCACGGCCUCGUCUCCUUCUCAGGCCUCUGGUGCGGCGACCCCAAGACCCCCGACGUGUACACACAGGUGUCAGCCUUCGUGGCCUGGAUAUGGGACGUAGUCCGAUGAGGCAUUCAUGGCCACCACCCACCCUCUCGCCCCGGCCCACCAGGGUCCCUGCA